AUGAGUCAUUGCAGUGGUCUAGAUGAUUUGUUGCAGCUGUGUUUCGGCGGUGUUGCUGGAUUUACGAAAUUUGUUGCGGCUGUGAUGCGGCGCUGUUGCGGGCACUUAGACUCCGUGCGGCGCUGUUGCAGCCCUGUUGCGGCUAUUUUAUGUUUUUACUCGGGUAUCAAAUCAGUGUUUGAUAAGGUUAUUGAUUGUGGAUUAAUUCCCGUAGCGACGGUUUGUGACCAAGGAACCAAUAAUACUUACUCUUACAUUCUAACAGAUAUUACAAUUCUUUGGCGUGGUUGUGAAAUCGUUCCAUUGUUUGACAGUCCUCAUCUAACCAAGGGUUCUCGGAACAAUUUAUUAACGAAGAAAUUGGAAUAUGUUCACAAGCCUGAAUUAAAACGUGAAUUUUUCAAGCUAUUCCAAUUCAUUCAUAAAGAUGUCUCCGCUACUCAUUACGCUAAAUGGGAUGACAUCAAGAAGGCGUAUAGAGUCGACAAAAACCGGAUGGCUAAUUCACGGACAACCGAAGGAGAAGUGUGGCUAGAGGAAGACUCAUUGUUUACGGCUGAAAUUCUUAGUUUUUUCAACAAACUAUUCGACUCAAUAAAUGGUUCACCAGAUCAUUCGAAAAGUACAGCCCCAUUUUACGGCUUCAAAUCUUUCUCCCCUAGAAAUUUCAAUCAAGACGAUCUGGAAAGUACAUUCGGAUGGUUGAGGCAAAGAAGCUGUAAUAAAAAACCUUCUUGUAGGUUAAUCACCUCGCACUUAAGAAGUUUUUUAAUCGACAAAGUAGGAAGAUUCAAAGUACGCCAUGGAAACACUGAACAUCGUUCUUUGCAUGAUGAUUCCGAGAGUGUCGAUUUUUCAGAUAUAAUUUCUACGUUCAACAACUUUUUAAUUGAUCUUGAUUGUGUUGAUAAUGAUGAUAAUGAAACUGAUACUGAAGAUAUAGAUGGUUCUGUUGAAACAUCAACUAUCGAGUGCAGUAUUCCGUUUUCGAAAGCUGAAUCGAUAAAAAUAAAACCAAAUAUAAUUCAGCACUUAUCUCGUAACAAUGAGAUAAGCCAGCGAAUGGUAAAAGUUGUUGAAUGUAAGAAUUGUAAAACUUCUUUUGUGCGGAAUAAAGGUUUUAAUGCGUCAGACUCACCAUUCGACGUUAUGUACUAUCAAUUUAAACGCAGUUAUUUUAACAUAUUUUUUAAUAAAUCACAAUUUUAUAAUAUUGAACAUAUCAUGCGUCCGGUGCGCUCUUUAAAAUUACAGUUAAAACGUAAGCUAGUCGGCUGUAUAAAGAUUAGUGACGCAUGCGUGGUAUUGUCCUGGGCUGUAUAA